CGCCCACUCACUCUGUCACUGUAUAUAAUUAGAGCUACAUAUAGACAUAGCUAUACAUAUAUACUACUAGAGAAUGGCUACUGUAACUCAAUUUCUCUGCUGUCUGCUGGGAAGUGUUUCUCUUGUGUAUGGACAACCUUUGAUUCGACUGGCAGCAUCCAAUGAGCCCCCUGACACUGACCACACUGGAGAGAUCAUCUCAUUCUCUGAUGUUGGAUCAGGAGCUGGCACUAAUCCACCACGCCCCUGGGUUUGCUUCACCGCACAAACUGGUAGUGUAUUGUGGCUGUUCCCCGAUGGGAGUGCAUUGCAAUUUGAAAGUAGAUCGUUGGCAGUUCAGGAUGAAGUGUUCAUCAGAGAUCUUCCUAAUUUUGGCGUUGCUCUGUAUCGUGGUCCCACACACUUCAGUCCUGAUGGAGAACACUGCUGUGUGAGGACUAACACAGCACUGAGGAGAUGUGUCACCUUCACUCCCUGCCCCACACUGAGUCCCCUGUCUAAUGGAAUGAUCUCAUACGAUGCAACCACCAACAUGGCCACCUACACCUGUGACCCUGGGUACACCAUCAGUGGAGCUACUCCGAUAACUUGUAUGAGUGAUGGUACUAGUGCUGGUACCUGGUCUCCAAUACCUGCAGCCAUUUGUACAAACUUUCCUAUGAUCACAGAACAACCAAGCAACCAGACAGAUAUCCCGUUGGGUCAAGAUACCACAUUCACAGUAACUGCUACUGGAGGCAACAUUACCUACCAGUGGCAGUAUGGUGGGAGGAACAUUGCCGACACUGCUGACAUGUACUCUGGCACCAACACAUCCACCCUCACUGUCAUCACAGUAGCUGCCUCUGAUGAGGGAGCUUAUACCUGUGUUGUGUCAAAUGGGAGUGUAAAUGUCACCUCUGACCCAGCAUUUCUAACAGUUGUGAUUGAUUGUGGCCCACUUGAUAACCCUGGUAAUGGAUCAGUGAGCACUCCUAAUACUACUCGUGGAAGUAUUGCUACCUACUCUUGUGACACUGGCUUCAAUCUGGAUGGAAAUAUGACCAGGACAUGUCAGGUUGAUGGAGACUGGAGUGGGACUGCUCCAACUUGUGAUAUUGUCAACUGUGGUGGCCCCCCUAACCCCUCCAAUGGAGCAGUGAACACACCCUCUGGAACCACCUUUGGGAGCAAUGCUACCUACAGCUGUAACACUGGCUACAAUCUGAAUGGAACAAACACUAGGACAUGCCUGGCUAAUGGAACUUGGAGUGGCAAUGAACCAGCUUGUGAUAUUGUCACCUGUCCACCUCUCUCUGACCCUAAUAAUGGAAUGGUCAACGUACUUAACAACACCUUCAUGAGUAAUGCCACCUACACCUGUGUCCGUGGCCACAAUCUGACUGGAGACACCACUAGGACUUGUGAGGCUAAUGGAAACUGGAGUGGCAGUGUACCAGUUUGUACUCUUAUUGACUGUGGCAACCUCCCUGGCCCGGACAAUGGCUUGGUCACUAUCACUAUUGGCAACUUUGGUAGCAAUGCUUCCUACACGUGUGAAACUAGCUACAAUCUGAAUGGAGAUAUGACCAGAAUGUGUCAGGAUAAUGGAGACUGGAGUGGGUCUGCUCCAACUUGUGAUCCUGUUGACUGUGGUUCCCUGGACGACCCCACCAAUGGAGCAGUGAACACAUCCUCUGGAACCACCUUCAUGAUGAAUGCUACCUACACCUGUAACACUGGCUAUAAUCUGAAUGGUACAAACACUAGGACUUGUCAGGCUACUGGAGACUGGAGUGGCAGUAAACCAACUUGUGAUAUUGUCACCUGUCCAGCUCUCUCUGACCCUGAUAAUGGAAUGGUCAACGUACUUAACAACAACUUUGGGACCAUUGCUUCGUACACGUGUAACACUGGCUACAUGCUGACUGGGGAUGUAAUUAGAGUUUGUGAGGUUACUGGAGACUGGAGUGGGUCUGCUCCAACUUGUGAUAUUGUCACCUGUCCAACCCUCACUAACCCUGAUAAUGGAUUUGUGAUUGUACCUGAUGGCAACUCCUUCAUGAGCAAUGCUACGUACUCAUGUAACCGUGGAUACAAUCUGACUGGAGACACCACUAGGACUUGUCAGGCUAAUGGAGAGUGGAGUGGCAGUGUACCAACUUGUCCUCCUGUCGACUGUGGUCCCCUCUCUGACCCAUCCAAUGGAGCAGUGGACACAUCCUCUGGAACCACCUUUUGGAGCACUGCUACCUACAGCUGUAACACUGGAUACACUCUGAUUGGAGAUAUGACCAGAAUGUGUCAGCCCACCAGUAGCUGGAGUGGCUUUGCUCCAACUUGUAACUUGGCUUGUCCAGACCUCACCAUCCCAGCCAAUGGAGGAGUGGCGUACAGUGACACCACCAUCCCCAGAGCUGAGAGUUCCACGGCUACCUACUCCUGUAACCCUGGCUACCAGGUGACUGGACUGAUGAUGAGGACGUGUAGUGUCAGUGGAUGGAGCACUGGAGAUGACCCUGUCUGUACUGCACUCAGAUGCCCAGUGGGAACCUAUCAAGAAGAGUUGUCCACUGGAGAGAGUGUUUGUGUGCCUUGUCCUGGAAACAGCGCCAGCAUUGUUGAAAAUAGUGUGGAGUGUACCUGUUUUCGCGGCUACUACAGGACAGCAUUGGAGGGACCAAAUAUUCCAUGUUCAACUCCUCCGAACAACUGUAAGAGUUUGCAAGCAGUUGCUGAGAGGACUCGAGGUAACAUAAUCACUGUGCGUUGGGAGAGGCCAGAGAUCACUAGGAGAGAUGACUUGUACUACAACAUAUUCUACUCUGAGGACAACCAGACCUUCACUCAACACAACAGCAGGCCGUAUGUCAAACAAGAUGUCCUGGUGGACUACUCAGUGUCUGGUCUGCAGCCACUCACCACCUACACCAUCCGAGUGAUCCCUGAGAAUGGAGUGAGCAAUCAGGAGGAGGGAGGGCAGAGCAGGAGCUGUGAGGUCGUUGCCAGGACUGGGGAUACGAGGUCUAACGCCCCCUCCCUGGUGAUCGGUUUCUGCACUGUUGUGGUUUGGACCACGCCCACAAGGUCGUAUGGGAGGAUCACUGGCUAUGACGUCAGGUUCAUUCCUCAAGGGUCUGGUUCAGAUCUGAUGGUGUCUAAAGGAAGAAGAGAACUUUUCCACGCAGUUGGAGAUACUGGGCUAGUCACCACUGACAACGUCAUGGUACAGGUGAGAGCAAAAACGUCAGCUGCAGAGGGGAGGUGGAGUGAGCUGGUGCCACUGGGUUGCAGGAAUGCUGAUGGUUUCACUGGCCCUCUAUGAAUGAAUCAGACUUCCAAUUAACACUGAAUUUAUACUAAGAACUCAUCAUACUGUGCUUCUUAUGAAGAGCUGGUAUUCCUCAUGUAAUGACUGCAUGGUUAGAUUGUAAUACAUAGUUGUACCAUGGAUAUAAGGAUUUGUAUACCCAGAACAAGGCUGGUUAAUUAAUUGGAAAGAAAUACUGAGUAAAAGAAUUCUGUGUUCCCCGAGGGCUACCAGCUUUCAGCCUGGUGUAUGUGCAACUUGUGCACCCACUGACUUCAUGCACCCAAUGAGCCCUCUGACACUGACCACACUGGAGAGAUCAUCUCGUUCUUUGCUGUUGGAUCAGGAGUUGGUACUGAUCAACGAGCCUGGUAUUGCUACACCGGAGUCACUGGUGGUGCAGUGUGGCAGGGUCCUGGUGGGAGUACAUUGCCCAUAGUUUUUGACAGGGAUGCAGUUGGGGACAAACUGUUCAUCAGUGCUGUUAAUCCUGCUGGAGACGUUGUUCUGCAUCGUGGUCCUGAUCACUACAGUCCUCAUGGAGAACACUGCUGUGUGAGGACUGCUAAUGGCCCUGCACAGAGUAAAUGUGUCACCUUCACUCCCUGCCCCACACUGAGUCCCCUGUCUAAUGGAAUGAUCUCAUAUGAUGCAGACACCAACAUAGCCACCUACACCUGUGACACUGGGUACACCAUCAGUGGAGCUACUCCGAUAACUUGUAUGAGUGAUGG